AUGAGUAUUUCACAGAAGUAUCAGAAGUUGUGCCUGAAAAGAGGGGCAUGGGAUCCUGAUGAAGAUCAAAUAUUGAGAGCUUAUAUUAUGAGACAUGGCACUCGGAAUUGGAAUGAGAUGCCGAAAGCUGCUGGUUUGUUAAGGUCAGGGAAGAGUUGCAGGUUUCGUUGGAUGAACUAUCUAAGGCCGGAUAUUAAGCGUGGAAACUUCAGCAAGGAAGAAGUGCAGACCAUAAUCAAGCUGCAUGAAAUGUUAGGAAAUAGAUGGUCUGCAAUUGCAGAAAAGUUGCCCGGAAGAACCGAUAAUGACAUUAAAAAUUUCUGGAACACCCACUUGAGGAAGAGCUUCAACAACAAUAUUAGUAAUACUGCAGUGCAAGCACCUAAACUUGAAGGAACACAGACAUCUGAAGAAGAAUCCAAGCAAAGGAAAUCAUCGAACAUCAUUGAUGUUUCAUUUCCCACUGCUCCAAAAAUAUUGAAUUCAGAAGAUCAGUCCUCCAAGGGGACGCUCCACACGUCACCAAUUCGGUCUACUGGUAAUUUGUCAUCAUCAAGUUCCAGUCAUGUGAAUGACAUCAAUGAAAACAAGCGCGUGGAGGACAAUAUUGGAUCGCUCGAAUCAACUGGAGAACUAAGUUUGUUGGAUCGGCCAUCUUCAAUGGAAGCGCAAAUGGGCAAGGUGGAGGAUUAUGGAGAGGCAUACACAGAUCAAAUGUGGGUCCAAGAAUUGUUGGACUAUCCAAAUGCUUCCCAUAAUUUUGAUGCUGGCCAAGAGUUUUGGAUGAAUUGUUUGAUGCAAACACAAUUGCAUGGAGACUAA